UUCGAGAUUUUAACCACGAUAUUUUAACUGUCGAUAUUUUGUACCGGAGCCGGAGAAUUUUGCUAUUUUCUCCUCCUUCAUUAUUUUGCACUAAUUGCGGUAAAGGUAUUGAUUAUUUAUUGAUUAUUUUUACUUUUUUAACCUAAUCCAACCCAUCUAAAUCUUUUAGCAUUCGAGACAAUCGAUAAGCGUUAUCUUUUUUCCAACUUGAUGGAUCCAUUUAAAAUUGUCAUUUAUCUUAUUUAGGUUUUAUUUUUCUAAAAUUAAAAAUGGCAUCAGUUGGGAAACCAGUUUCAAAAGAUGUAAAACAACAAAUUAGAACAUCUGCUCUAGCCUUUCUGUCAUUUUUAAACAAAUCAGUAACACCAUUUCAUGCUGUUGAAUCGUGUGAGUCGAUUUUGAAGUCAGCCGGAUUAGUGGAGCUAUUUGAGAACCAAAGGCUUAAAGUACAACCUAGAGGAAAAUUCUACAUAAAAAAAAACGAACUUUUAUUUUUGCUUUUGCGGUUGGCGGAGUUUAAAAGCCUACAAGUACCCUUAUGGUGGGGUGGUGUUUGGCGAUCUUGGUUUGAUCGUGAUCUCAGUAUUGCUGGACAAGUGAUCUUUAGAGGGGCGCAAAGCGAGAUUCUGCAUAAACUUAUUGAUUUUUGGAGGCCAGCGAUUCAUCUGUAUAGUGAUCGAGGUAAAUUCGAGUUCAACUCUGAACAGCAACUGAGACCAAUUUUGGCCCAGGUUUCAUCCGACAAUUCAACUAACAAUAAAGAUGAGAAGAAAGUUGAUAAAGAUCAGCUUAUUAGCGGCAUUUCAAUUACUGGCGAUCAUCAUGAUAUAUUUUUGAAGUCUAUUGGCGAAUUGGCUGGCUGUGAGCCUGAAGAACUUCUUGAUUUAGACCUCUAUAUGUCUGAUACGCAGCCUGCUGUUGGAAGUGUUAGCGCACAGGUUAGAAACAAGAAUCUCGAGGAGUUCUUACUUUUAUUCAAUUUUACAGGGUGCUGCCUCUCAUUUUAUGGAAUGGCUUAUGCGACGUAUUGUGGCCCCCCUGAUGAACCAAAUGCUUUUGAAUGUGCGAUUGGCCGUUCUUACCUGAUUAGCGCUGAUCGAGCGCAUGCUUGUCAUCCAAUUAUGCAAACAAACAUGAGGACUCACAAACCAACUUUCAAUAAAGGCGUAGUUGUCAAGAUAAAUGCAAAUUAGCGCUACGCAACAUCUGCAGUAACACAUUCUACAUUAAAAUUAAUUGCGGAAUCGGCAGAGAUCCCUAUACAGAAGCAUGUUGCACAAAGCGACUAACUGUGCGGGUCAACAGUAGGACCAGUUUUGGCUGCCAAAUUCGGAAUUCAGACAAUUGAUGUAGGCUGCCCUCAAUUGGCAAUGCAUUCUAUUCAAGAACUUGGAGAUACUUCAUCAAUUCAUCAUGCUACGACGCUUUACUUGUUUUGAGGAAAAUUUUUUAAAGUUUAUUUUGAUUUUUAGCAAUUUUUUUAACAAAUUGCCGUCUGUUUUGGGGCCCUAAAGAAACGGUAGGGGACGAUUCAGAAUCGCCGAUUCAGUAUUGGCCGAUUCAGUAUUUGGACUUUUUGGCCAUAACUUUUUGCUCGAUCAAUAUUGUAAUUAUUAUAUGAUUGAAUCGGCUAUACUUAAACGGCGAUACUGAAUCGUCCUUAACCGAAAGAAACAUGAACUACCAACUCUAAUGAACGUUGCUUGAUUUUAAAGGGUACAAAGUUUAUUUUUAGAUUAGGAUAUUAACAUUAUGCGAAUUAUUAGAUUUUCUUUGGUCUGACAAUGAGCUAAAAAAUUUUUAAAUUCCCCGCCUGUGCUGGGCAUUGAAUGGUUGGCGGAACGGAUAGGGAAUUUUCUUAGCUUCUCCGGAAUAAUGGCGCCAAAGCAAUGAAUGUUUCAUCGGGGGAUUCGGGUGGUUUUUAAGAUAAAUAUCAGCG